UUUCAACAGGUGAAUGUACUUUACGAAGGGGAGCAGACAGGUGUGAAGACGACGAUGGCUCCCGCCGCUUGGUUGUCGCUACUUCUGCUGGUGCUGACGGCACAGGACACUGCUGACGCCCAGACGCCCUUCACUCCUUCCACUUACCAGACUGCGGUCAGCUUCUCCGACGGCAUUGAGGCCAGCGGAAUCUACGAGUGCGAUGAUGUGGUGUCGCCACGAUACGCUUGUCCCAACACCAGCUGGACCCUCCUCCCUGCCUCUGACGGGCCGAUGUGUCUUCAGCUGGUGGACACUUUGGACUCGUCUUACGGUGCGAGGCAGUCUUGCUGGAACAUGGGCGGGCGACUGCUGACUAUUACAUCAGAAGCACGCCAGAGAGCUGUGGAGAGUGAGUAG